CUCACAGGUGAGAGUAUAGGACUGGCAGAAAAGCUUUCAUAGAGACUUUUUGAUCUACCAGUUUCUUUGAGGCUUGAUGUGCAGUGGAACUUUACAAGGCAGUGGUACUACCUUUUAGCUGGUAUGUGCACCAUAGACAGAUGUAAAGAUUUAGCUCUAGCCAUAUGCAACAAUCAAAUUGCAUAUGUCUAGAGUACAGUAUGCAAGCAGGCUGAGACAUGGUUUAUAUGAAUUAAGUAUGCAAGCGGGCUGGGCUGGAUUGGGAUCAGUUUUAAAACCAUCCCACUGAUCAUCAAAAUGAACCUAUUGCUGCCAAAGGCCCUCUUCCCAGGGAACGCUACCUUCAGCUCCUGAACGCCUGCAGUAUUUGUGCUUUCUGUGCUUUGUUUCCUCCAAACUCCGUAACACUACCCCUCCCUUACAGCUCCCAUGUGUGAAAUUUAUCCUGGCAACAUUGGACAGUACUUCCAAGUUCAGCACCUAAUAUUUAAGUGAAUUUGUUUGUUUCCAUCACCCUAGCACAGGUUCAGCACAUGUAAAACUAGGGGUUUGUGUGUCCUUGUAUUGCAACUAGACCUACAGUAAUAAAUGCUGCAGUCAGUGGAUAUGACAGCUCCCAACGAGCUCUCGACUCUCUGACAAACGUGACUGUGAUGGGAAGGAAUGAACUCUGUUAGCAUUGUCCCUCGUUUCCAACUUUAAUAGCGUAUUCAUACUCCAGUACAAAGUAAAGGAACCGUUUCCAAAAUAUCUCCUGCGUUCUGUAAUGCAAAAGCAAACAGUUGUUUUAUUGGUUAAAGAGAUGUCUUUCUUUAUGGAGCUUUCAACAUUUUAUCCUUAAUGCUGGCUUCUUUCAGAGGAACCCUCACUUUGCAGGUUAAAGAUUUGUGACUUGGUAAUCUCCGUGGUUUCCUGUAGGCUUUAUAGAGAGCCAUUAGGAUGAGUACACACAUUAUUCCUCAACAUCCAGGCACAGAAAUGAUGUGCUUGAUAUUGUCUUUAACAUGGCCAGUGUACUGUAGAAACACUGGAAAUGUAUGCAUAUUAUUUGAGGAAAAUCACUAUGAAAAAUAAGUCCUGCUUACUCUCUGCCUUUAUAUUGUGCUCGAAGAUCUAGACUGGGUUUAACGGGAAGCAGUGUUGUGCUGUGCUUGUGUCUGCUCCCUGCUAAAUCCCUGAGUGGUGAUGGCACACUUUUAGUUAGGUUAUUCGGGAGCUCAUGAGAGAUCCCUCUUUCGGGUGUGAAAUUCCCCUUAUAUGUGACACUCCCUGUUUAUAACCCUCGCCUCUGCACCGUGCCUGCUGAUUCGCACACCACCCCCUUGGAAGUAUGAGUCUUCUCCGUGUCUCGUCCUACCGCCGUUUGUUUGAGGAGGAGGAGUGGGGUUCGGGCCCAGCAGCGAGCCUCCAGUGUGGGGGGCAGUACCGAGUAGCAGCCAGAGCUGGUCGCGGUGUGGAGCUGGUGGAGCCGGACUUCGCUGCUGCCCGGACUCUGAACAGAGAGGGUCUGUCGAGCUGUGUGAGGGACCGCGGUCUGAUAGCGGCUCUCAACAACAGGCUGGUCAACCUCAUUGAAACGGCCCACUGUCUGGAGGAGGAGAAUCAAAUGCUGGAAGCAGAGAUCCUGGAGCUGGAGAGGAGGCUGGAGAGUCGCACCUCCCCCUCCUCAACCAGCCAGCGAGAGAACAUCUUGGACCUGAGCGCCGUGGUGGAGAGGCUCAGGAAGGAGAAGGAAGAGAUCCUGUCCGAUAUCGAUGCCCGACAGAAACAGCUUCUGAUCCUGCAAGAGAAUUUGGGACACACCUCCGAGCAGCGUGCUCUCCUGGAGCUGCAGAGGGAGGAGAUCGCUCCGGAGGUGGAUGCUGUGACAGCGGAGUGCCUAGCGCUGCAGGAGCAGGUAGGCAUUUAUGAGGAGCAGCUGGAGCUGAUGCAGGAGGAGCACGAGCAGCGUGUGGAGACCCUGGUUGCCCCUAGUGACGGUGCCCCAUUGGUUAGCCUGGCAUUCCCUACCCCUGAUGUGAUCCCCACUGUCCUGGAUAUCAAGGAGUAUUAUAGGGAGUUGGCUGAGAACCUGCAGUUUGAGCCAGCUGCUAUCACAUGGGACGAGGAAACAAAGAAGCCGAAGGCUGGCACAGAAUUCGGGGUCGAAGGGAGAAGCGUGAGCGAUGUCGGAGAACUGAAGAAACGGAUCGCUGAGCUGGAGAAGGAGCUGGAGGCUCUGCGGCAGUGUGGAGAGGCUCUAGAGAGGGAGAUCGAGGACAAGGAGGUUCUCCACGAAGAGGAGAUCGCUCAUCUGGAGGACUGCGCCGCGGAGCUGCAGGAGAGCCACAAUGUCCUUCAGCAGGAGAUUAAAGAGCAGGCCGACGAUUACGAAGAGCUCCUGAGCGAGAAGAUGGCCCUGGAUAUCGAGAUUGCAGCCUACAGGGGAUUGGUUGAAGAAGAAGUGGAGAGACUCUGCUACUAUUAAUUGUCUGGAGCAGCAGAAUUCCAAGUGCAAGACCGUUCUAGAACAGUGUACUGUUCUAGAGCAGGGUGCAGUGUUCCUUUCCCAGCAGCACACAGAAACAGGCUGGGGUGGUUCAUUUCAAGCAGAAGCAGCACUGAACCAUUGAAACAGCAACCAGGACUUUAGGAAGGUCACCAUCAUCUAACACAGCAGAGUGGAUGUUACUGUAUACACAGAUAUAAAUUCAUUAAACUGCUUGACACAAA